CUCCACUCCCACCAACCUCUGCUUGCGAUCUCCUGAAAUUGUAUGAAAUUCUCCAGAUGAUCCCAAUAUUCUAUGACCUUGUCUCAGCAAGUGAGGUACCGCGUGCACAUGAGAUUGAAACGGCAGGAUAUCCAGCGGAUGAAGCUGCCAGUCUUGAAGCUUUUCGAUACCGUCAGGCGAACGCGCCAGAUCUCUUCCUCGGUGCAUAUCUCCUUGACGAAUCAGGCACUGGCCGUACGCUCGUAGGCUAUGUCUGCUCAACACUCUCGCCGGAUGGGUCUCUUUCACAUGAUUCUAUGUCGAAACACGUCCUCGGUGCAUCUUCCGCAUGUAUCCACUCGGUCUGCGUUGCGCCCGAGCACCGCAGGAAGGGCGUCGCGCUCGGCCUCCUCAAGGAGUACCUCACACGGCUCGAAAAUGCAGUGGGGGAAGGUUCGCCUUACCAGCGCGUGCUCCUAAUUACGCAUGAAGACCUGCGAGGACUGUACGAGAAGGCAGGCUUCGAGUGGCUAGGCAGGAGUGCAGUGGUGCAUGGUGCACGGCCUUGGUUCGAGAUGCGGAGGAUUCUUUCACCCUCGCUCUCUUCCGUUGAUCUUGUCCAGCCUCCGACAAUUCCUGCAGGCCUGUGGGAAGCGCUGCAACAGUCGACCAACUCACGUAGCAGGCCGAUCGGACUCGCACUCACGGCAUUCCCGAACGGCGUGCAGGACGUAGUGACAGAUAACGGGCAGGGCACUCUGGCGAACAAUUCUGACCUGCUGUGCCCACGUGCUGGCUGUGGAAGCAUCAUAUUGAAGAAGGGCGUGGCCUCUUUGGUGGAGCGUGCGAGCGUGCAGCUCGAGUCCCCCGAAAGCGCAGCGCACAGCCCGCUUGCAUCCUUACCGCCUCCGCCGGAGACGAUGAACUGGUGGCUGGUUAGGCCGAAUGCUAUGGCAUUUGAGAAUGUAGGGUUUUCGAAAGCUGUUGUGGACGAAGCGUGUCCUGCGGCUGACAGUGCUGCAGCGUCUGGCAAGAGGCUCAAAUUGCUCAGCUGUGCUGAUUGUGACAUCGGUCCAUUAGGGUGGUGUGAAGAUGGAGGAAGUGAAUUUUGGCUGGCGUGCAGCCGCGUAACAUAUCGGCAAUAG